UUAGCAAUAUUCUAAACAAUAAAAUGAAAACAAUUUUCACUAUUUUUGCCUUGUGUUUGGUGGCCGUCAAUGCCGGCACUAUUGCCCAAAUACCCAUUAACUAUGAGGGCAUGGUCGAUGAGGUUAUAAAUGAAAUGGGUCAAAUUGCCAAAGAAGCCGCUGUAGCUCUACAACAUCAAGUUGAGGAAAUUGUUUUGGAUCCUUUGCAUCAAGUAGAGACUGCCGUCGAAAGUAUUGAAGAAUUGCGUGAAAAAAAUGAUGUUUGUGUAGCAGCUGAAGAUGAGAAUGUAGUGGCCACCGUUGAUGCCAUGCACAAGGAAAUGGCUGUAUGUGGUGCUGUAGCUGCCAAAACUUCGGCUGAAAUUAUGACUGACAUUAGCGCUGCCACCCAACAAUUGGUAUUCGAUGGUUUUGAUGUUUUGCGUACUUAUCAGAAAUGUCAGAAAUACACCAACAGUGUAUUGAAGAAUUCCUGCUAUGCCCGCUUAACCGUUAAGGCCACUUUGUAUAUGAACAAUGCCCGUAAAUCGAUUAAGACCAUCAGACAGAGCACCAAUGAACGUAUUCCUGCCGUUAUGGCUGAUGCUGAUACCUGCACCCAUGAUGCUGCCGAUGUUGCCAUCGAAGAAUUGGAUAAUAUCCAAGACAAUAUUAAUGUUUGCAUUGCUAAGGCCUAAAUGGAAAUUUGCGAUUUUUUUAUGGAAAAUAAAAGUUUAAGCUGUGAUUUAUUGAAA